UCCGUAACAAUCGGUGUCGGGGAGGAGGGGCAGGCACCACCAGAGAAUGAACGAACUCUAUAGAUGUGUAUUGAUGAAAGUCACACUUGUAAACGCGAGCGUCGUCCGGUACUUCGCAGUAGAAAGUAGCAGAUGUAGCAAAUAGCCUUCAAGCUAAUGCAACUCUUUAUGGGCUGAAUUAUUAGACGACGAGACUAAAACCCAAGGACCUUUCAAUUGGUUGAAUUUCAUAAUUCGCUAGUUCAAAGAGGUAUAGGCUACACAUGCUUUAUACACGAAUUUGAAAUUGUCGCCACAAGGACGCCGCUGUGCGCAAGACACACGGCAAUUGAAGAGUAGUUGAAGUGAGCUUGUAAAAGGCCUGGUGCAUGAUGGGAUCUUUUCGGCGGCCCCGCGCUCGCUUCAUGAGCUCGCCCGUGCUGACGGACCUCGCCUGCUUCCACGCCAGCUCGGUCGGCCAGCAGCUGUCCAACACCAGCGUCUGGAAUAGCGUCCAAACAGCCGUGAUCAAAGUGUUCCAGGGUGGAGGGUUGCAAGCGAAUGAGCUUUACACCCUCAAUGAGAGCAUCAGAUGGCUCCUCAAGACCGAGUUGGGCUCGUUCAUCACAGAGUACUUCCAGAAUCAACUCUUGACCAAAGGCCUGUCACAUAUUCUUGAGAAGAUUAGACUUUAUGAGGGUGACAGUCAACUCCUUAUCCUGUCUGAGAUGUGGGUCAGGUUCUUCACUGGGAUCUUGCCCACGCUCCAGGCUAUAUUCUAUCCUGUUCAGGGUCAAGAGCUUACCGUCAGACAGAUGGCUCUACUGGGCUUCAGAGACCUGGUUCUGUUGAAGCUCUCCCUAGAAGACCUGCUGCCCAUUGCCACAGUCCCCCCAGCCAUCACACAAAUGCUGCUGAUUCUGCAGGGCAUCCAUGAGUCUAACGGGCCCAGUCAAGAGUACUAUCAGCUAGAGGGAUUGGUCGAGACAGUCAUCUCGCCUUACCUGGGGAACGUCCUCCACGUUAGCAACACCAACUGCUUCGUAGAAUGCCGUGCACCACUUUCCAGGUUAAGAGUGGCACAACCAGAGAUCACUGUUACUCAUCAUCAUGCCUCAGACUCCUCCUCUCUGGCUCCCCUAGUGGAGCAGGAGGGGGAAUCCUACCUGGAGAAGGUGGGAGGAGUCCGACGCCACACAGUGGCCAAUGCACACUCUGACAUACGGCUGCUCUCAGCUUCUGGCAGGAUGCAGCCUGGGAUGGAGGAGGACAGUGGUGGCGGUGGUGGGAACGGGAUGGCAGGCAACGGCAUGCUGCCCAGGCCUUUCUCCAGCCAUCCAGACAUCCUGGAAUCCCCACUGGGAGUGGUGGGGCCCUUUAGAAAGCAGAGAUCGACUGAAAUCAGCUGCCAUCCCCCCAGCUAACCAGUGAUAGCAGCUGGAGACCAUUGUUAUUGAUUCCUGGGAAACUGAGGGGAUAAAAAACAUCUCUGAGUGCGAGCAGGGUGGUUGGGUGGAGUCCCUGUCACCCAAGGGCUUUCCCUCCUCUGUGCUCAGAGGCCAAAAUGUGGAAACAGUUGAUUGUUACCCGAAUUGCCAACAUGUCAGAUCUAUUCACAUUAUUUUAUUCCUGGGACGCAUUCCUCGGUUGGAACUGAUUGAUGACAGGCAUCUACCGUAACAGCUUGUUUUUUUUACCCUAUUUAACCUCUCAUAAGGACACAGGGGACAGUGAGAUCUGAGCCUCAUGUAAAGAAAGUAUAUUUGUGACUGACCGCCUCGAUUUGGUCUUUUGUAACAUUGUUUUAAUAUUUUUUUUACAUUAGAUAAAA